UUGACAUCUACAAAAAACCGGAUUAUCCAAAAUAGACAUACGACCUAUUUUUAAACAAAAAAUGUUGCGUGUGUUUAUGAUUUAAUUUGGGCUUCGUUCCAAAUAAGUUUAAAAUAAACUAAUCUUCCGUUAACGUUUUAGAAACGUCGAGAUAAUUCUACAUCCAUUUUAAAUGCAUCCGAAGAGUGAGAGAGUCUUCAGUACAUUUUUUGCUCUGAUAUUAUAGUGUUUUAAUUUUUGUGAAUACAACUUAAUAUUUUUUAGAAAAAUCUUCAAGAACAAAAAUGACGAAAGAAGUAUUGACAUCUCAAGAAUGGAAGGAAAAGGGAAAUAUUGAAUUUAAUAAAGGCAAUUGGAAUGAGGCACUUAGUUUUUAUACAAAUGCAUUAAAUUUAUCGCAGGAUGAUAAUUUUGAUAAGGCAGUUUAUUUAAAAAAUCGUGCUGCUGUUCAUCUUAAACAAUUAAAUUAUGAUAAAGCAAUUAAAGAUUGCGAUGAGGCGUUAAAAAUUUCUCCCAAUGAUCCAAAAGCACUUUUUCGUCGUUGUCAAGCAUUAGAUGCUUUAGAAAGAUACGAGGAAGCAUAUCGUGAUGCACGUUUUAUAAUUAAUGUCGAUUCAAGUAAUAAAGCAAUACAACCAAUUAUUGCACGACUUCAUGAAAUUGUUCAAGAAAGAAGUAAACAAAAUUCACGUGUCAGCUCUAAGGUUUCACAAAUGUUUGACGUAGCAUUUAAUAUGGAAUCGGAUAAAGAAAAAAGAGAAACGGCAAUGAAUAAUUUAUUAGUUCUUUCGCGUGAAAAAUCCGGUGCUGAAAUAAUGUUCUCUGAGAAUAUAAUAACAAAAAUAAUUCAAUUAUUGAAACUUGAUAAAAAUGAUGAUGUUAUUAUUGCUGCAAUUCGAAUAAUUGCCGAACUUUGUAAGGAUAAUGUAAUACGAACUGAUAGUCUUAUACGAGAAGUUGGUGUGCCUUGGUUUUUGGAUAUGGUUAAUAGUAAAAAUGAAGAACGUGUUAAUGCAGCGCAAUAUUGUAUGCAGACAAUACUUAAUUCGUACAGUGGAUUGACUAAUAAACCAGAUUCGAAACCAGAUAAAGAGAGAUGUGAGAAAUAUAAAAAAGAGAUCGAUACAAUUUUAUCGUGUUUGGUAUUUAGUACAACGAGUCGUGUAAUUUCUGGUUUUGCUCGCGAUGCUAUUAUUGAAUUACUUAUAAGGAAUAUUCAUUAUACUAAUUUAAAUUGGGCGGAACAAUUGGUUGAUAUUCGUGGUGUUCAACGUUUAAUGGAAGUUGCUAGCGAACUUUCGGAAUAUAAAUACGAAUCAGCGAUGGAAAUUACUGAUUCAACGAGAACAGUCACCAGCGUUUGUUUGGCGAGAAUUUAUGAAAAUAUGUAUUACGAUGCAGCAAAGGCAAAAUUCACUGAAGCUAUCGAUGAAUUUAUUAAGGAUAAACUUUUAACACCGGAUAUUGAGUCAAAGGUACGUGUGGUUGUUGCAAUAACGACCCUUUUACUUGGUCCAUUGGACGUUGGCAAUAGUAUUGUGGCAAAAGAUGGUGUUAUGCAAAUGAUUUUAGUAAUGGCUGGAACUGAUGAUAUUUUACAGCAAAAAGUUGCAUGCGAAUGUAUAAUAGCAAGUGCAUCGAAAAAAGAUAAAGCAACAGCAAUUAUUAGUCAGGGUGUGAAUAUUUUAAAACAAUUGUAUCAAUCAAAAGACGAUUCAAUACGUGUUCGUGCACUUGUUGGUCUUUGUAAACUUGGCGCAUCGGGUGGUUCCGAUGCAACAUUUCGUCCAUUCGCCGAAGGUGCAACAUUAAAACUCGCUGAGGCUUGUCGACGUUUUUUGAUUAAUCCAAAGAAACAAAAAGAUAUGCGAAAAUGGGCCGUGGAGGGUCUUUCAUAUUUGACAUUUGACGCUGAAGUGAAGGAGAAAUUAAUUGAAGAUAAAGAUGCAAUUCGUGCAAUGAUUGAACUUUCACAAUCGGGUGAUAAAUCUGUUGUCUAUGGUGUUGUCACAACACUCGUUAAUUUAUGUAAUGCUUACGAUAAACAAGAAAUGAUACCCGAAAUGUUGGAGUUGGCAAAAUUUGCGAAACAACAUAUUCCCGAGGAACAUGAAUUUGAUGAUGAGGAUUUUGUGAGCAAACGUUUGUGUUUGUUGACAAAAGCUGGUGUUACAAGUGCAUUGGUGGCACUUUCAAAGACUGAUAGUCAAAAUUGUAAGGAAUUAAUAGCGAGAGUGUUUAAUGGAAUAUGUAGUCAACAGGAAAAUCGUGGUAUUGUUGUACAACAAGGUGGAGGAAAAGUUCUAUUACCAUUGUCACUUGAAGGUACGGAUAAAGGAAAGAAACAAGCUUCACAAGCAUUGGCACGUUUGGGUAUAACAAUUAAUCCUGAAGUUGCAUUUCCUGGUCAACGUUUGUUUGAAGUUAUUACACCAUUGUUAAAUCUCUUGAAUCCUGAAUGUUCAGCAUUGGAAAAUUUUGAGGCAUUAAUGGCACUUUGUAAUAUUGCUGGCGUUAAUGAUUCAGUGAGAAAGAGAAUUCUCCAAGAGGGUGGAUUGCAAAAAAUUGAAAAUUAUAUGUAUGAGGAGCAUGAUAUGUUGAGAAGAGCCGCCACUCAAUGUAUGACAAAUAUGGUAAUGUGUGAGGAGACAAUUAAAUUAUUUGAACAAGAAAACGAUAGAGUGAAAUAUUUGACAAUUCUUUGUGAGGAGGAAGAUUUAGAAACAAGUAUGGCAGCCGCUGGUGCAUUGGCAAUUGUUACUUCCGUUAGUAAAAAAUCUUGUUACAAAAUAUUUGAUGUACAACGUUGGAUUGAGGUAAUGAGAUUUUUAUUGGCAAAUCCAAAUAUGGAUGUUCAACAUCGUGGUAUUGUUAUUGUACUAAAUAUGAUAAAGUGUACAAAAGAAGUGGCUGGUAAAAUUAUUGAAACUGAUAUUAUGGAGAUUUUAAUGGCUCUGACAAAAAGUAAUGAUGUUGAUAAGAAAAUACAAAAAAUUGCCGCUGAAGCUUUAGAGGAGGCGAGUAAAUGGAAAGUUAUUGAAAAAUUUACUGAUACAGAAAAUGCAGUCGACUGAAUUACAUAUUUUUAUUUCAACAAUUUUCAUCAUCACCAAAAUGUGCCUUCCAUGUUGUUAAUGUUUUAUGAAUUAAGCAUUUUUAGAUUUUUAUUUCUGCUGAGAUACGUAAGUUUUUGUAAUUAUUUAAAUAUAGAUUGUUAAUCGAAUUAAAAGAAAAGGUGUUAAUUGUUUUAAUUUUCUAGAAAUUAUUAAUUUUAAAAAUUUAGGUCACAUUUAAUUGAAAAAGAAAUAAAUGCGGAAAAUUAUAAUUUAUUCUGUAAAACACAGCCAACAAUUAUUAUUAACAAUUAUCCAAAUACAAAUUUGUUAAACAUUUUAUAAAUAUAUUAUUCAGAAACUAUAUGAAAUAAC